UUUAAGGAGGAAUACGAAGAGAACCCCUAUAGGAUAAAGCAUCGGAAAUACCGCGACGUGGACCGACCUGACCCGUAUUGCACGUCAGCACCAGAUAGAUACGCAAACGCCGUUAAAAAUCCGAAGCGCUCACUGAAGUUCUACACUGGUCUUGACCUCCUAGAAACUUUCGCCCCGACAAUCUUCGAGCAUCCCUCGUUCAAUAGAGCACCGACCGCCAUCUUACGCGCCCACUUCAAUCGCUGGGCUCGUACUGCUAUACAUCAAGAAUAA